UGUUUAAGAAUUUUCCAUUUUGCAGUGCAUUUUGAUUUUUGGUUCUCCUCUAUAAAUAGUUGAAGUUCAACUCCAUUUUCCGCUACUACCUACGCCUAACAAUUGUGUUUCAUGUACCAGCAACGGAAGAUGUUGUCGGAGAUUGAAAAGUCCGUCGGUAAUGGUUUCUUUGCCCCGUAGAAAUCCUUCAGAAAUGAUUCCGCUCUCCACGCUGUUAAAAAGUGGUUUUACUCCAACCCUUAAAGACUCCAACAAUUUCCUUCUCUUUCUCUACCGGAAUCGCAAGUUCAAAGCCAUUAUUCACGUUUUCUCUCAAGUUAAUUCAAACAAGAUCAAUGCUGACGCCCAAACUCACACGAUUUUUGCAAAAGCUUUGCUGAAGGAGAACAAAUAUGAAGAAGCAGCUGAAUUCUUGAAAACCCUUGUGGGGAAGUCCAAGAUUUUCGAUAAAAAUCGAGUCUUGGAUUCUUUACUACAAGGCGUUUGUACUUUCAAUCAGGACCCUGAGAGAGGGUAUUCUUUGUUGAAGAAUUUCUUGAAAAUAGAUGGCAUUUGUCCUUCUUCUCGUACUUUUUGCUUAUUGGUUUGCUCUUUUAGCAAAAUGGGGAAAAUGGAUAGGGUGAUUGAUUUACUAGAGUUGAUGUCUGAUGAUAAAUUCAAGUACCCUUUUGAUAAUUAUGUUUGUAGUUCUGUGAUUUCUGGUUUUGUGAGGAUUGGAGAGCCUGAACUUGCGGUUGGGUUUUAUGAGACUGCUGUGAAGUCGGGUUCUUUGAAGCCUAAUACUGUUACUUGCACCAGUGUUCUGACUGCUUACUGUAAAUUAAGAAAUAUGGAUAAAGUUUAUGAUUUGGUUUCUUGGAUGGAAAAUAAUGAGUUGGCUUUUGAUGUUGUGUUUUAUAGUAACUGGGUGUAUGGGUGUUUAAGUGAAGGAUUAAUUUAUGAUGCAUUUCGAAAGUAUAAAGAAAUGGUGGAUAAGAAAGUUGAGUUGGAUAUCAUUAGUUACACCAUACUGAUAGAUGGAUUUUCAAAGGACGGAAAUGUGGAAAAGGCUGUUGGGUUUUUGUACAAGAUGAGAAAGGAUGGACUCGAACCAAAUUUGAUUUCAUACACUGCAAUUAUUUUGGGAUUUUGCAAGAAAGGGAAAUUGGAUGAGGCAUUUGCGAUUUUUAACAUGUUUGAGAAGUUGGGAAUUCAAGCUGAUGAAUUUACUUACGCCAUAUUGAUUAAUGGAGUUUGUAGAAAGGGUGAUUUUGAUCUUGUAUUCCAGCUGCUUGAUGAAAUGGAAAAGAAAGGUAUAAAUCCUGGUAUCGUGAUAUACAAUACUGUUAUUAAUGGAUUAUGCAAAGUUGGGAGGAUGGCUGAGGCAGAUGAUUUUUCAAAAGGCAUAGUUGGAGAUGUUGUAACAUAUACUACACUGUUACAAGGCUAUGUUCAAGAAGAAAGUAACUCAGGAAUUUUAGAAACAACAAGGAGACUGGAAGCAGCAGGCAUCCAUAUGGAUUUGAUUAUGUGUAACAUACUGAUAAAAGCUCUGCUUAUGGUGGGGUUAUUCGAGGAUGCUUUUGCAAUUUAUAAGAGACUGCUGCAGAUGGAUCUGUCAGCAAACUCUGUUACAUACUAUAUUCUGAUUGAUGGAUAUUGUAAAGCAGGUAGGAUUGAUGAGGCACUUGAAAUAUUUGAUGAGUUCCGGAAGGUAUCCAACUCUUCAGCUGCCUGUUAUAAUUGUAUUAUUUCAGGGCUCUGCAGAAAAGACAUGAUAGAUAUGGCAAUUGACGUAUUAAUUGAAUACAUCCAAAAAGGUUUGCCUUUGGAUAGAAAGAUGUACAUGAUGUUGAUUGAAGCAACAUUUGACAGAAAAGGUGCAGAAGGUGUUUUAGAAAUGAUAUACAGAAUCGACCACAUAGGACUUCUUGGAUCGCAUGUUAUAUGCAAUAAUGCCAUUUCUUUUCUGUGCAAAAUGGGCUUCCCUGAGGCCUCAUACAAUAUAUUAUUGGUGAUGAAAAGGAAAGGAUUAGUACAGACGAGCUUUGGCUAUUAUUCAAUUCUGAGACUGCUUCUACUUGGUGGUAAAAAGUUGUUGGCUCAACUUAUUUUGACUUCAUUCGUGAAAACUCAUGGCAUGUCUAAUCUCAGUGUUUGUAAGAUUUUGGUAAAUUACCUUAGUUUGCAUAAUGUGAAAAAAGCCCUUUUAUUUCUCUCGACGAUGAAUGAGAGGCAAUGGCGUAUAACCAUUCCUGUUUCCGUUUUUAAGACACUGACUAAUGAUGGUAGAGUUUGCGAUGCAUAUGAGCUCUUGGUGGGAGCAGAAAAUAACCUCUGUGAUAUGAAUGUUUUUUACUAUACUAUUAUGAUUGAUGCCCUCUGUAAAGGGAGGCAUAUCGAUAAGGCGUUAGAUCUCUGCACUCUAGCUAAGAAGAAGGGGAUAGCUCUCAACAUAGUCACCUAUAAUUCUGUUAUAAAUGGGUUGUGCAGCCAAGGUUGUUUGGUUGAAGCUUUUAGAUUGUUUGAUUCCCUUGAGAGAGUAGACGUUCUACCUACUGAAGUUACAUAUGGUACACUUAUAGAUGCUUUAGUUAAAGAAGGACUUUUAAAGGAUGCCAGGUUGCUCUUUGAGAGGAUGUUCCUCAAAAAUCUUAGGCCAGCUACUCGUAUUUAUAACUCAUUGAUUAAUGGUUAUUGCAAGUCAACUCUACUUGAGGAAGCUAUAAAGCUUUUCCAGGAUUUUGAGUUAAGAGAUCUUAAGCCAGAUGGAUUUACAGUUGGUGCACUCAUCAAUGGCUAUUGCCAGAAAGGUGACAUGGAAGGGGCUCUUAAGUUAUUCAUUGAGUUCAAAAGCAAAAGCUUAUUACCAGAUUUCCUGGGUUUCAUGCAUCUAAUUAGGGGCUUAUGUGCCAAAGGAAGAAUGGAAGAGUCCCGAAGCAUCUUAAGAGAGAUGCUCCAGAUCCAGUCAGUCAUUGAUGUCUUAGGCAGGGUGGAUACUGGAGUUGAGUCGGGUUCAGUGGAGAAUCUACUCAUCUUUCUUUGUGAGCGAGGAAGUAUUCAUGAGGCUGUUACUGUGCUUGAUGAAGUUGCGUCCAUGCUUUUCUCUGCAGGGGGAAAUUCUUCUCAUCAAGUUAUGCCUUCAAUCUACAAUGGAACUGACUUUCAUUCUCUCUCAUCUGAUGCCAAAAACAUAGAAAAUAUGCUGAAAAUUUGUACCGCUGAAGAUGGAGAGAAACAGCAGUUGAAAGAUUUUGAUUCUUUCUAUUCUCUUAUUCAUUCACUUUGUUUGAAGGGGGAGCUCGCUAAAGCAAAUAGGUUCACUAAGUUGCUUAUGGAAUUCUGAGGUGCUUGCUACAUAAGCUAUUGGACACUUGUCUCUUGUGGCAGACUGGAUUCUUCUCUUUGUUACAGGAAAUAUGUCCAGGUAGAACCCUCAGGAACCUGCAGUGGACGCCACCCUCAGAAACCUGUAGGGCUUUUUACCUAAGGUCACAAGAUGAAGAUAAAAUGUUAUUGCUGUGACACCUAUUAAAGUGAUGAAAAGAGAAAAGAGGUCCAAAGUCUAGCAUGGCGUUGGAGUUGGGCUCGCGCUGGCAGCAAUAGUUUAAUGGAAUCAUCAAGACUCAUCCUUUUCCUUCAUCUUCAGUGUGCCUCCCCAAUGAAUAUAGUGAACCCUGACUACUCCACUUCACUCUUUUACAUUUCACAGUUUAAUCACAACCACCCACUCAAGAAAAAGGAAAAGAAAAGGAAACUACAAGUCCAGGUUGAUUAGCUGCCUUAUUGUUGUGGUGAACUGAAGAAUAAAUGUUGGUGGUUGAUGGGCAGUUCUUGAUGUAUGCUCCUUUGUGGGAGUGCUUGGUGACAAGUGGGAUUAAAACUAUUAUUACUCUGCAGCACUUUUUGGGUUCAUAUUCUUUUCUUGGAUCGGUCUAUCUUUAGACGUUAUAAUUAGCUGUGUUGCAGGUAAAUUAUUCACAUGGAGAAAUGUGAGUGAGAGAUAGAGAAGGAAAAAGGAACAGCAAAAAAUAUGGAAGUGAAGUUCAAGCUCGCAUAUUGGAGCAUCCAUUGCUUAUCUAGUCAUCUUGCUGAACAGAUUUGAGUUGCAAGGACUUGAUGAAUUGGAAGAGAAUUGACAAAAAAUGAGGAACAGAGAGUUGAAUGGUUCUUUCAUGAUCCUAAUAUUAUUAGCUGCUCUGGUUUUGGGGAAAGCAGAAAUAUACAUUGUGACACUGGUAGGAGAGCCGGUGAUAAUCUAUAAAGGUGGUGUUAGCUGGUUUGAGGCCACUGCAGUGGAUUCUGAUUCUGAUGAGAAGAUUGAUGUCAUCAGGUGCUCUCAACUUUUUUAGCAAUAUCUUUCUUUUUCUUAAACCUCGUAAAUCUUUUCUUAUAUGCUUACGAGUCAAAAUUGUUGUUGAGUUGGCCGAACUUUCUGGGAUCUAUACUCCCUUGUUUCUAUAAACAGAUGACCCAAAGAUGUUACCAUGUUUGUGGUUCUCUUUCAUAAAACAACUCUAUUGAAUUUGAAAACUAUUCAGAUUCUUCUGUGUUCUUUGUGCACUUUCAGUGAAUUGGCCAUAUCCUAUGCUCAUCGUAGAAAAGCGGCAUGAUAUGCUUCUUGACAUACUUUUUGACCAAGGAACCUGCAAGAAAAUCUAUAGCUACCGUCAUCCGAUCAAUGGAUUUGCAGUUCAUAUUUAACCAAGCAGCUUAAGUGUCUCUGAAAGCAAGCCUUGCUUUAGGUGUGAUGUGUUGUUUAAGGGCGACGAUGAUUUAGGAAAAAGUGCACUUCUGCUGCCGUCUAAGAGGAUCUGAUAGUCCCCUGAGGUUGGCGGUCAUAAUA